AUCGUCCCGCAUCGCUUUCUUCUUUUCACAGGACUUCGGCAGAGAGCAUUCCGUCGUCGUUAGGGUUUCGAGAGCAAUUCUCUCUCUCCAUCUCAUCUCGCCUUUGCCGAUAUCAAGCAAUUUCUCGCCGUUCGGUUGCUCCCUCAAGCAAGUUGAUGUCUACUUGUUCCAUUUUCAGACUGCUGUUUUGCAUAGAACUGUGGCUGUGAAUCAGUAAAUAAAACAAACAUGAAGAAGCAGAAUGCUUCAGAUGGUUUGAAAUUGAAAAAUCUGCAAGAAAGUGACAACGAAGAUGAGAUGUCCGAUGUUGAAAGCGAAGAACCAAGUGAGGAACUGUGUGAAGAAUCAAGUGAAGAACCGAGUGGGGAACCUAGUGAAGAACCAAGUGAAGAGCCAUCAGGAGAAUGCGCAUCCGAGCCAACUUCUGACCGUGACAGUGAUAAUGACACUGAACAUACGUCAAAAUCCGUUCCACACAACUUGGCCAAAGCAAAAACUUCAGCCAUAGCAGGUCCGGGAGCAUCAUUGCAAGAAGCUCGGUCACAAAACAACCCCAAGUGGUCGUUCUUGGAGCAGCAAUCAGAUGCUGGGCAGGCUACUUCCCGUCCCCGAAGUCAGCCCACCAUUUCCAAGACCUUAGAUAACAAUAAAAAUACUUCUGAGGGACAGGAAAAUGCAGGUGCAAAGAAAAGGCGAAGUAGAUGGGACGCGCAGCUGGAAGCUGAAGGUGAUGGGACUGCCAAACAGAGGAAGACAAGGUGGGAGGGCGACGAUUCACACUUAAAAGCGCCGGGUCCCGUGAUUCCAGAUUUUGUGAAGCACCUUCUCGCUGGAGUCAAUUUGGACUCUGAAGUUCAGAAGAUGAGUGCACGGCUUGUAGAAAUAAACAGGAAGCUGCAGGAAAGGAAGGCUAUUGAUGACAGGCCCGAGGAACAGCGGUCUCCUUCUCCGCCACCUUUGUACAAUAACUUGGGAAUCAGAACAAAUACGAGGGAGGUCAGGUACCGUCAGAAACUCAUUCAGGAGAGGCAAAAUAUCACGUCAAGGUUGAUUGCGAAGAGCCCUACUUUCAAAUCUCCUUCCAAAUCGAAGCCCCCGAAGCUCUACAAGAAGCUCUUCAUACCGUUCAAAGAAUAUCCCGGAUAUAAUUUCAUUGGUCUUAUACUGGGGCCGCAGGGGAACACCCAAAAGAGAAUGGAGAAGGAAACUGGGGCUAGGAUUCGUUUAAGAGGGAAAGGCUCAGAGAAGGAAGGGAAAGCUCAGCCAAGGAAGGAUGUGAAGCCCGACCCAUCAGAAGAUGAAGAUACACAUGUAUUGAUAGAAGCAGAUAACCAGCGAUCGUUGGAUGCUGCAGCCUCAAUGGUUGAAAAGCUACUGAUUCCAGUGGAAGAGGGAAUGAAUGAGCACAAACUGGCCCAAUUAAAGGAGCUCGCUGAACUGAAGGGAACAUUGAGAGGUGGGAUUGUGUGUAGAUCAUGUGGCGGGCAUGGACAUGUCCAACAGUUGUGCCCCAGUAGGAAUUCACUUUUCAAGAUGGAUGUCCCUUGCCAGGUGUGCGGCGAUAGCAGUCACGCCACCUCCGGUUGCCCUUUGACAGCAUCAGUGGACAACCAAUACCACAGCUUUCUUGCUGAACUUGGACUUGGGCCUGUUUCUUCUGUUCCUGGUAGCGUGCACCCAGCAUCGGGUACUUUACCCUCUCAUGGCCUCGGCUCAACUGCAGCUCCUGAGAGCAAACCAAUUAAGGAAAUUGAUGAUUCAAAUCUAUUUGUGGGUUACCUUCCGUCCACUGUGGAUGAUGAUCAGUUGAAAGAACUGUUUUCUCCUUUUGGCAGGAUCAAUCGCAUGAAAGUGCUCAAGGACCGAACCACGGGCUUAAGUAAAGGUUGUGGCUUUGUCAAGUAUUGUGAUCCUGUUGAUGCAGCUAAAGCUGUGGCGCACAUGCAUGGCUACAAGAUUGACGGGAAAAUGUUGGUUGUCAGGGUAGCAGGUCGUCAGUCAGCAACUCCUCUCCUGCUGCCGCCAUAUCCGGGCCCCCCAUCUCUGCCUCCCCAAGAUAACCAUGGGCAGUCAGCUUGGCCUGGCCCACCAGGGUCGAUGCUUCCAGAAUCUAAUGCAUCCCUUCAUAAGAGCAAGCCCUUAAGUAUGCCGCCAAGAGACUCUUUAAGCAGACAAGUGCCUGCACCUGAUAUGUCCUUGUAUCGAGUUCCGAUCUCAUCAUCUGGUAUGCUCACUCAAUUCCCUAGUAAUGAGAGCAGCACGUCUCGCUACGCACGCUUCACUGAUUCUUUCAGUGGACAACUGCCUUCUUCAUCUUAUGGGUCGUCGUCUCAGCUUUCAAUCUCGCCGCCUAGUUUGCUUGGUCAGUUCCCUGGCAACUGGUGCAGCUCGUUUGACAAUUUAGGUCCAAGCAGCACUUUUGGUGGGCCAUUAUCUUCAUCUCGUGAUUCAUUAUCAUGCCAGAAUUCAAUUCCAUCACCCACUUCACUUUCUAGGUUCCACAGUAAUGGGAGCAGCUCGCCUGGCUAUGUAGCAAAAAGCAAUUCUUUCAGCGUGCCAUUACCUUCAUCUCAUUGGUCAUCAUCAUGCCAAAAUCCAAGCUCUUCAUCCUCUUUACUUUCUCAGUUUCCUGGUAAUAGGAGCAGCUCGCCUAGCCGUGUAGGGCAAAGCAAUUCUCUUGGCAUGCCACCUUCGUCUUAUGGGCUUUCAUUGUACCAGAAUCCAAUCUCAUCACCUAGUUCACUCUCUCAGUUCCCCGGUAUGUGGAGCCACUCUCCUGGCUACGUUGGCCGAAGCAAUUCUCUUAGUGGACCGUUAUCUUCAUCUUAUGGGCCAUCAUCGUACCAGAAUGCAGACUCCUCCCCUGUUUCACUUGCUCAGUUCCCUGGUAAUCUUAGCAGCUCUACUACCUCCCUAUUUCAGUCGCACUACGCUACUACCGAUAGAAGUCUAUCUUCACAGAUUCAUCUCACUUCGUCAUUGGGCAGCAGCCAAAAGACUCCCACUUGGGUGCCUGAGCAAGAUAAGAGAGUAAUUGAACCUGAAUAUGAGAAAAUAUUAUCCAAGAUAUCCUGGUAGCUACGGAAUGCUUUACACAUCCAAGAUACAAACACCCAAGUGUGUUGGUUGUGUAGCACAAGCUUCAGGCAAAGGAAUUACCUGUUGUGCUGUGAGAUCAUCAUCUAAAGCGGAUUUUGGGGCUGCCGAGAGCAGCAGCUUUGUGGUUCUGGAUGCUUGAUCUCAAAACAUUCUUUAGCUGGAAUGUCUAACUGAAGAAAGAUGCUUGACAGGCAUUGUUUUCUCUGGAAAUCGCCAUGUGCAUUACACACUAGAAGGAGCACUUUGUACUGUUCUCAGUUCUGAUGGGACCCACACCGAGUGGCUUCUUUGUCUAAAGGUAUUUGCUGAAAUUGAUCCAUGUAGGUUUCUGGAGCCCUGCUUGGGCAAAUCUGGACAUUAGGAUAAUAGUCGGACACGUGCGAGAGAUGUGGGCUGUCCAUGGUCAGGUCCCUCUGUGUUUGUAGCAUCCAAAAGAAAAAAAGGUUGCCGUACUCAUCAACUGGGCCACAAUUGUAAAGGUCCUAAUGCAACGUACAAAUAUGGCCACCCUCCUGAUAUCUGGACAGCUUUUUUUUUUUUUUUUUGGGCCAGGGCACAUACAUGGUUGGGCCGGCCUGAUCAACAGCCCAGAUAAUGGUUUGCCACAGUUCUCACCAACAGCUCGUGGGUUUUGUCCAAGACAUCAAUCAUGGAGAAAACUCCACGUCUUUGGUCAUAUAAUGUGUUUCUGCUAAUCUGUAAAAUGUGUGCUCAUGCUGCAACAUCUGCUUGUUUUACAAGGAACCUGUAUUGUCAUG